AAUUACAGCAUAUCGAUCUUUUUCAAGAAAAAGAAUGAUCGCGCGAUAAUCGCACACGUAAAUCGACCAAUGACGUAAUGUGUCAGCCAUUGGCUGGUAUGUACACGGUUGACGCUGUUUAGCGUGGGACAGAACAUACUAGCUUGUAAAAUCUUUCCCACUUACAUCAUAUCUUUAAAGACGGCUCGACGAAGCGGACGCUCGGAAUCGACAGCCUAUUUCGCGCACGUGUCGCACGUUAAAUUACAUUGCUCGCCCUUCAUGCAGCGUCGCUCGUCCUAACCAUAACGCUAUGAAAAUCUGGACGUCUGAACAUACAUUCGAUCAUCCAUGGGAAACGGUAGCGCAAGCCGCAUGGAGGAAAUAUCCGAACCCUAUGGUGCCCUCGGUAAUUGGGGCGGAUGUCAUCGAUAGAAAAGUAGUCGACGGUGUCCUCCACACCCACAGGCUCGUUGUCUCUACCCAGUGGGGCUUUCCUAAGUGGACGCAAGCGUUAAUUGGCUACGCGAACUUGUGUUACGCCAGCGAGCGCAGCGAGGUCGAUCCUGUGAAUAGAGAAAUGAUCCUCAGGACGCAUAAUUUAACUUUCGGCAAUUAUAUUGCUGUAGAUGAAGCUGUCAGAUAUACACCCCAUCCGACUGACCCCGGCAAGACGCUACUCACGCAAGAAGCGGUAGUCACCGUCCGAGGGGUACCAUUAACCAAUUACAUGGAGGAUCUCUUAGCCUCGAAAAUUUCUUUCAAUGCGAGCAAAGGUCGACAAGGGUUGGAAUGGGUGAUCAACAAACUCGAAUCCGAGAUGAAGGAGUUCGCCUGAAAAGCCCGGCCGCCGUCGCGAAACUUCUAAACUGCCGCUAUCAGCACAACAUGAGCCGGCGUCGGUGGGGAGCGGCAACUUCUAGAUCGAACGAUUACGCGGAUCAGAAGAACAUUAACGUCCCGAGUCUCGUUAGGAACGAGCAGAUGAUUCGCUGCGGGCGUAGAUCACCUAAUUGAAUUUUGCGGAACUUGUUACUAACCGGUUUGCAGGAACGAACAUUCCCUUUGAGGGGCAAUUGCCUUUGCAACCGUACACUUGGGUCCAGGUCUGCGAAGAUAUAGCGAACGAGCGAAAUAACAUGACUGAUAUAGAAAAACUGAUAUAAAAAUGUAUAGGUUUAACUUUUAAAGGUACAACGAUUGGUUCGGCAAUUGAAUAGUAACAAUCCCGGCAUCUCAAUCGUGUAUCUCUGUCGAUAAAUUGCAUCGACUGAUGAUGAGAGUCAGUGAUCACGAAUUUAUUACAUUUAGCCAAUUCAAAUGCGUGUACGAGAAAAUUAGGAAAAAUAUAUGUAAAUGUAAAUUAUAUAUAUUUAAUUUAAUCGGAAAUUAUGUUUAAUUUAAUAGCGAAAAAUUUUAAUAAGUGCUAGAUACAAUUUUGCUAAUACAUUCGUAUUCAUUUACUAUCCUUCCAUACUCUUGCGAAAUCUUGUAUUAUAUAUUUUUUAUAUAGCGAUGAUUACAUGAAUUAUUUUCGCUCGGUAAAGUGCACGAAGAGUACGUUCUAUGAAUCUAUCGCAAGCUCGACACACAAACGGUCCACGGACUGGCCGAAAACGAACAAUGCAGACACAGACCUUUGCGAAACUAUGUUCUCCGGAACUAUGUUCACCGGACUCUCAUUCCUUCAACGAGAAGGCAAAGCUCUUUGAUCGCAGCGAGGAGGCAACUUACAACGCGUUCCGAAAUCACUGUAUGGUCUCUUUGAUGCGUCUAUCGUACCCGAAAUUGUCGCGACCGAAUAAUUUCGCGGUUUUGUGUCAAUUCCUUACCGAUCUCGCAAGUUCUUUUUUGAAUAGAUAUUUUGCUCUUUCAGUCGACGAUUUAUCGACCUAAAUUCAUCGGUCGUUUUAAAUUGCAAAUAAAACGUGAAAAACUAGACUAUAAAACAAGCAUCGAACAAAAGUAUCUUUUGUAUCAAAAAGUCGAUAGAGAGAGAGAAGGGGGUGAAUUCACGUCCACUUUAUGCGAACGGAUGCUUUAAUUUAGGAAAGUCGACAUACACGUCGAACGCGGACGUUGAUUCACCCACGAGUUCGAUGGCUCGAUACAAAAACUGAGCAGGCAUCAAGCAGUGCUGCGUGGGGCGCGUACAACAAAGGAUACUGCUUGCCGCUUUGUGAUUGGAAGCUGUCAAUAUUUGUCGUUGGGUAACAGAGAGGCAGCAA